AAGGUUUCCUCUUUUCAAGAAUCGAGUAAUAAACAGAAUAAUUAAAAAAAAAUGGCAUCAUGGAAGAAAACAAUAGCAACACCAUUCAAGAAGGCAGCAACACUUUUCAACCAACCGCAGCAAUCGCCACAAAAGGGCGGCCGCCGUGGUGGAAGAAUGGAUGCGAAAGCGAGGGAAGAGCACGAGAGGAGGAUAGUACAAGAACUUCAAGGAGAAGUGAUGGCUUGUGGAUACGACGAUGUUCUCGUCAUGUGGUCUAUUCUUGACAAAUCCAACUCCUUCAAUAACCUCACUUCUUAA